AUGGAUGAAAUCACUAGACUGUAUCAGAUAAAGAGGACUCUCUUACAGAUGUUGGCUGAUCGUGGUUAUAUGAUCACUUCAUCAGAGUUGGAGGAGGGCAAAGAUGAGUUCAAGAGAGGCUUUGAUGGACGUGAGAAGUUAGACUCUGUAUUUAAUAAGAAGGAGGAUGCUAUGGAUAAGAUAUUCAUCUUCUUCCCUAAAGACCCAAAGGUCGGACUUGGUCCAAUUAAAGAAUAUGUAAAGAAGAUGAAGGAUUUGAGUGUGUCUAGAGCGAUCAUUGUCGUACAACAGGCAAUGACACCAUUUGCCAAGCAAGCAUUGGCAGAGGUAUCACAGAACCGUGAUGAGGAGUCAAAGAAGAUGAUCCUGGAGCACUUUAACGAGGCUGAACUACUUGUCAAUAUCACACAUCAUCAGUUGGUCCCCAAACACAUCCUGCUGACCAAGGAAGAGAAGCAUGAACUACUUACAAGAUACAAAAUGAAGGAGACACAACUGCCACGUAUUCAGAUCAAUGAUCCAGUGUCUAGAUACUUUGGACUGCAGAGAGGAAACGUUGUAAAGAUCGUUAGACCAUCAGAGACUGCUGGAAGAUAUAUUACAUACAGGUUGGUGGUC